AUGCGGGUCGCACUGCCUCAGCGGGUCCCUCGGCGCUGGUUGCACAGUGCGAUUCCUCUUGCUGUCUUCACACUACUGCUUGUUUAUUUCUGGGCUCGGAGCCUCCGUGCCCUCUCAGGCUGCAGAUCUGGGGCCCAGUCCUGCAUUGCCAGGGAACCGCCUCCUUUCCAGGUCCGGCAACAGUCGAGACCCUUGGAGGCCCCGGAACGGGAAGAGCCUCAGUGCCUGGGCCCUCAGGGGAUGCUGGGCCGCAUGAUGAGGCCGUUCCGCGCCAGUCUGAACCCGGAAAGGGAUGUGGAGUUGUCGCAGUACCUGGCAGGAUGGAGGGAGCUAGUCCGGUUCCUAACUCCCCUCGGCUCCAUCUUCGCCUUCGCCACAAGCGAGGCCUCCGCCAAAGUGACAGCGCUCGAGGCUCUGGUGCACGGCCCAGAGGCCGCGCACUACACGUCGCUGGCGACCAUGGUGGCGUGGGAGCGGCCCGGGAUCGCCCCACGACUCUCGGCCAGGUGCCCGGGCUCACUGACGAUGCUCUUGCUGCACCGUGCGCUACGCUGGUCCCAGCUCUGCCUCCACCGGGUGGCGACAGGGAUGCUCGGAGGCCCGGACGCUGGCGCUCAGUGCAGCGACGCCUACGGCACGGCCCUGGCUCCACACCACCCCUGGUUCGUCCGUCAGGCCGCUCACCUCGCAUUCCUCGCCUUCCCGGGUCGCGGCCGCUUGCUGGAGCUGGCGUGUCCGGGUUCCAAAGAGGCGGAGGCGCGGAACGCGCUGGUCCGGGCUGCGGGCACCCUAGAGGACGUCUACAACCGUACUCAGGGCUUGUUGGCCGACGGCGGCUUGCUCGAGCUGGCCUGA